AUGCCUCAGCCAAUCCCCAAGUCGGACAGCUUAAUCGACCUUUUCAACCUCAAGGGCAAGGUCAUCGUUAUCACCGGUGCCUCUGGUCCUCGGGGAAUGGGCAUCGAGGCCGCUCGUGGCUGCGCUGAGAUGGGUGCUGAACUUGCUAUCACAUACUCCUCGCGAAAAGAGGGUGCCGACAAGAACGUGGAGGAGUUAACUAAGGCCUAUGGCGUCAAAGUCAAGGCUUACAAGUGCGACAUAUCUGAGUUCGCCAACUGCGAGCAGCUCGUCCGCGACGUCGUGAAGGACUUCGGCCACAUCGACGGCUUUAUCGCCAAUGCUGGGGCUACUGCUGAUGGCGGCGUCAUUGAUGCUUCGAGAGAGGAUUGGGACAAGGUCAUUCAGAUCGACCUGAACGGCACCGCAUACUGCGCCAAGGCCGUCGGUCCCCACUUCAAGAAGCAGGGCCACGGCUCAUUCAUCAUCACCGCCUCCAUGUCCGGCCACAUUGCCAACUUCCCGCAGGAGCAGACCUCCUACAACGUCGCCAAGGCCGGCUGCAUCCAUAUGGCCCGAUCCCUGGCUAACGAAUGGCGCGACUUCGCUCGGGUCAACUCCAUCUCGCCCGGAUACAUCGAUACCGGCCUGUCGGACUUCAUCGAGAAGAAGACGCAGGACUUAUGGUACUCCAUGGUACCUAUGGGCCGUCCUGGCCUGGCGAAGGAGUUGAAGGCGGCCUAUGUGUACUUGAUUAGCGACGCCAGCACGUACACGACCGGCGCUGAUAUUGUUAUUGAUGGCGGAUACACUUGCAGAUAG